AUGUGGAGCAGAUGGCCAUCGACUGGCUCACCGGAAACUUCUACUUUGUUGAUGACGUGGACGACAGGAUCUUCGUGUGUGACAAGGAUGGGCAGACAUGUGUCACCCUCCUGGACCAGGAGCUUUACAACCCCAAAGGCAUCGCCCUGGACCCCACCAUGGGGAAGGUGUUCUUCACAGACUACGGUCAGAUCCCUAAGGUGGAGCGCUGCGACAUGGAUGGCCAGAACCGAACAAAGCUGGUGGACAGUAAGAUAGUUUUCCCCCACGGCAUCACGCUGGAUCUGGUCAGCAGGCUGGUGUACUGGGCUGAUGCCUACCUGGAUUACAUUGAAGUGGUGGACUAUGAAGGCAAGAACCGGCACACCAUCAUCCAAGGCCUGCUGAUCGAGCACCUGUAUGGGCUGACUGUGUUUGAGAACUACCUGUAUGCCACCAACUCAGACACUGCUAACAUGCAGCCUAAGACCAGUGUGAUCAGAGUGAACCGCUUCAACAGCACAGACUACCAAGUAGUGACCAGAGUGGACAAGGGAGGGGCGCUGCACGUCUACCACCAGAGACGCCAGCCUCCAGUACGUAGCCAUGCAUGUGAGGUGGACCAGUUUGGGAAGGCGGGAGGCUGCUCGGACAUCUGUCUGCUGGGGAACGGCCACAAGAACCGAACCUGCCGCUGUCGCUCCGGAUUCAGCCUGGGCAGUGAUGGGAAGUCCUGCAAAAAACCUGAGCAUGAGCUCUUCCUGGUCUACGGCAAAGGUCGCCCAGGGGUCAUCCGGGGCAUGGACAUGAAUGCCAAGGUGCCAGACGAAUACAUGAUCCCCAUCGAGAAUCUGAUGAACCCGAGAGCUCUGGACUUCCACGCUCAGAGCGAGUUCAUCUACUUUGCGGACGCCACCAGCUACAUCAUCGGGCGACAGAAAAUUGAUGGAACAGAAAGGGAUACUAUUGUGAAAGAAGGAAUCCACACCGUAGAGGGCAUAGCUGUGGACUGGAUGGCGGACAACCUGUACUGGACCGAUGACGGGCCGAAGAAAACCAUCAGUGUGGCUCGGCUGGAAAAGGCUUCACAGACACGCAAAACUCUCAUUGAGGGGAAAAUGACUCACCCUCGCGCCAUUGUAGUUGAUCCACUGCACGGGUGGAUGUACUGGACGGACUGGGAGGAGGACCCUAAGGAGAGCAAGCGUGGGAAAAUUGAGCGGGCUUGGAUGGACGGCUCGAACCGAAACGUGUUCCUGACCAGCAAAACGGUGCUGUGGCCCAACGGCCUCAGCCUGGACAUCCCGCAGGGCAUCCUCUACUGGGUGGACGCCUACUACGACCGCAUUGAGAUGGUGUACCUCAACAGCACAGAGCGCAAGACGGUGUAUGAAGGUCAGGAGCUGAACCACGCCUUUGGUCUUUGUCACUAUAAACACUUCCUGUUCUGGAACGAGUAUCGAAGUGGCAGCAUUUUCAAGUUGGACACCACCACUGGCACGGCCACUCUGCUGCGAAACGAGAGGCCACCGAUCUUUGAAAUCCGCAUGUUUGACGCCCAGCAGCAGCAAGGCUCCAAUGCGUGUCGUGUAAACAACGGCGGCUGCAGCAGUCUGUGUCUCGCUACACCAGAAAACAGGCAGUGUGCCUGUGCAGAAGACCAGAUACUAGAGCCAGCUGACAACACCAGCUGCAAGGCCAACCCGUCUUACGUGCCUCCUCCCCAGUGCCAGUUUGGGGAGUUUGCUUGUAAGAACAACCGCUGCAUCCAGGAGCGCUGGAAGUGUGACGGAGACAAUGACUGUCUGGACAACAGCGACGAAGCUCCGGAGCUGUGCCACCAGCACACCUGCCCCACAGACAGAUUUAAGUGCAAGAACAACCGCUGCAUCCCUCUGCGCUGGCUUUGUGACGGGGACAACGACUGUGGGAACGAUGAGGAUGAAUCCAACACCACCUGCGCUGCUCGUACCUGCCCACCAAAUCAGUACUCGUGUGCCAGUGGGCGCUGCAUCCCUAUUUCCUGGACAUGUGACCUGGACGAUGACUGCGGUGAUCGGUCAGAUGAGCCUGCUUCCUGUGCCUACCCCACAUGUUUCCCCCUCACCCAGUUUACCUGCAACAACGGACGCUGCAUCAACGUGAACUGGCGCUGUGAUAAUGAUAACGACUGCGGGGACAACAGCGACGAGGCGGGCUGUAGUCACUCCUGCUCCAGCGCUCAGUUCAAGUGUAACAGCGGCCGCUGCAUCCCAGAUUACUGGACCUGUGACGGAGAUAAUGACUGCGGGGACUACAGCGACGAGACACACGCUAACUGCACCAACCAGGCCACGCGUCCCCCUGGAGGUUGUCAUACAGAUGAGUUUCAGUGUCGGAUGGACGGCCUGUGCAUCCCGCUGCGAUGGCGCUGCGACGGGGACACCGACUGCAUGGACCUGAGCGAUGAGAAGAACUGUGAGGGCGUCACACACAUGUGCGAUCCAGCUGUCAAGUUUGGCUGUAGGGACUCUGCACGCUGUAUCAGCAAAGCCUGGGUGUGCGACGGCGACAGCGACUGUGAGGACAACUCCGACGAGGACAACUGUGAGGCGCUGGUGUGUAAGCUCUCUCACCAUGUGUGUGCCAAUGACUCCACCAUCUGCCUGCCUGCAGAGAAACUUUGCGAUGGCACUGAUGACUGCCCAGAUGGCUCCGAUGAGAAACUCUGCGACCUGUGUUCACUGGACAAUGGUGACUGCAGCCAUAACUGCACAGUGGCCCCUGGCGAGGGGGUGAUCUGUUCCUGUCCCCUGGGCAUGGAGUUGGGGGUCGACAACAAGACCUGUCAAAUCCAGAGCUUCUGCGCCAAACACCUUAAGUGCAGUCAACGCUGCGAACAGGACAAGUUCAGUGUGAAAUGUUCUUGUUACGAAGGCUGGGAACUGGAGCCUGACAUGGAGAACUGCAAGAGCACGGAUCCUUUCAAACCCUUUAUCAUUUUCUCAAACCGCCAUGAGAUCCGCCGCAUUGAUUUGAAUAAAGGAGAGUUCAGUGUGUUGGUACCGGGCCUGAGGAACACCAUUGCCCUGGACUUCCAUAUCAGUGAGAGCGCCCUCUAUUGGACGGAUGUGGUGGAGGACAAGAUCUAUCGCGGGAAGCUGUCCGAGAAUGGAGCUUUAACCAGCUUUGAUGUGGUGAUUCAGUAUGGCCUGGCUACCCCUGAGGGCUUGGCAGUGGACUGGAUAGCAGGAAACAUUUACUGGGUGGAAAGCAACCUGGAUCAGAUUGAGGUGGCCAAGUUGGACGGCACCAUGAGGACCACGCUGCUGGCCGGGGAGGUGGAGCACCCUCGAGCCAUCGCCCUGGAUCCCCGGGACGGGAUCCUGUUCUGGACAGACUGGGAUGCCAGCUUGCCCAGGAUUGAAGCUGCAUCCAUGAGUGGAGAAGGGAGGAAGACCAUCCAUAAGGAAACUGGCAAUGGAGGCUGGCCAAAUGGGCUCACUGUAGAUUAUCUAGAGCGCCGCAUCUUCUGGAUUGAUGCCAGGUCUGAUGCCAUUUAUUCAGCCAAGUAUGAUGGUUCCGGGCUGAUCGAGGUUCUGAGGGGACAUGAGUAUCUGUCACAUCCCUUCGCCGUCACUAUGUAUGGAGGGGAGGUUUACUGGACAGACUGGAGGACAAACACACUGGCAAAGGCAAACAAGUGGACAGGAGGCAACGUCACUGUGGUCCAGAGAACCAACACACAACCUUUUGACCUUCAGGUCUACCAUCCAUCCAGACAGCCGCAGGCUCCUAACCCAUGUGCGGCUAAAGAUGGCAAGGAUCCCUGCUCUCAUCUAUGUCUCAUCAACUACAACCAGACAUUCUCGUGUGCCUGCCCUCACCUCAUGAAGCUGGGCCCUGACAGACGCACUUGCUAUG